AUGGAAGAUGAUGGACCUACACACAUUUACAAUUUCAGAGUCAUCGCCAUGGUUCUGAUCGUCUCUCUGGGCGGCCUGAUUUUUGGUUACGACACAGGACAAAUCUCUGGCUUCUUGGCCAUGGAUGACUUCUUGAACAGAUUUGGUCAAGAUGGAGCUUUCACUGCUGUCAGAGAAGGUACCAUCGUCGGUCUGCUGUCUAUUGGUACUCUGCUCGGUGCUCUCAUCGCCGCACCCAUCGCCGACAAGUUUGGACGUCGCAUGUGUAUUCUCGUCGGAAAUGUCGUAUUUUGGGUCGGUAUGAUUGUUCAAAUGUCAGCAACGACGCAUUGGUACCAGGUCGCCAUUGGCCGUUGGGUUGCUGGUCUUGGUGUUGGAGCUCUCUCCGUUCUAACUCCUAUGUACAUGAGCGAAACCGCUCCCAAGAACAUUCGUGGAUCCAUGGUUUCGUGUUACCAACUUUUCAUUACCCUCGGUAUCCUGCUCGCCGACGUCAUCAACCUCGGAACUAAGACGAUCAAUGGACCUGCUUCAUGGCGCAUCACCAUGGGUAUCGGUUUCGUCUGGUCCGGCAUCAUGGCUGGCGGCAUCUGGCUCCUUCCAGAGAGUCCUCGUUGGGACUACCGCAGGGGUAAGAUCGAGCAGGCCAGACACACCAUCGCCAACGUCUACGGAACUUCGCAGAAUCACUCUGCUGUCAACCGCGAAAUCCGUGAGAUCAAGGCCAAAUUCGACGUUGAGCAGGCAGGUGGUGAUCAUCCCUUCUGGGAAGUCUUCACUGGACCUCGUAUGGCAUAUCGUAUCUGCUUGGGUGCUGGUCUUCAAAUGCUCCAGCAGUUGACUGGUGCCAACUUCUUCUUCUACUAUGGUACGACCAUUUUCGACUCGGUCGGUAUCAGCGACAGUUUCGUCACGGCUACUAUCUUGGGUGCUGUCAACUUCGUCUGCACCUUUGGUGGUCUCUGGGUCGUCGAGAAUGUUGGUCGUCGCAAGGCUCUUAUUUUCGGUGGCUUCUGGAUGUUUGCAAUGUUCAUGGUCUUCGCCUCUGUCGGUCACUUCCAAUUGAACGAGGGAGUCAACGAGAAGCAAGCUGGAACUGUCAUGAUUGUCUUCGCCUGUCUGUUCAUUGCCGGAUAUGCAACCACUUGGGCACCCAUCGUUUGGUGUAUCGUUGGUGAGCUCUAUCCUACUCGUUACCGUGCCAAGGCCAUGGGUAUCGCUACUUCGAGCAACUGGAUCUGGAACUUCCUGAUCGCCUUCUUCACACGUUUCAUCACAAACGAUAUUGACUACCGCUACGGCUAUAUCUUCGCUGCUUGCAACUUCGCCGGCGCCUUCGUGGCGUACUUCUUCCUCUGCGAACACCAAGGCCGUACCCUCGAGGAGAUUGACACCAUGUACAUUCUCCACGUCAAGCCAUGGAAGAGCUCAAGCUGGACACCCCCAGAGAACGAAGAGCUUGUUACUGCCGACGCUCUAGCUCUCACAGGUGGUGCUCGUGGUAUCAAGAAGGCCGACGCUGCUGGUAUGGAGAGUGAGCGCCGUGUUGAGAAUAUGCAGGUUCCUGCUGCUACCUCCACCCACGGUAUCCAUGAUGUCUCGGGUACUGACUUUGUACCUGAGAGCACAAGGGCUGCUGACGGUCGUCCACCAAACAUUGGACAGUAG